AUGGCGCUUUCGGAGCUCAUCAUCAUGACGUUACAGGUUUUUGUCAUAUGGAUCCUCGACAGUCUUCACAUCGCGUUGAUCACGUAUUCGCUGUACUACUACGUCGUUUUGAAAUUUGGAGAUCCGCUGGCCAUUUUGGAACCUAGCUGGGGUAUUAUGGCCAUGAUCAUGGUUUCGAAUGUCAGCAACAGUAUCGUCCGGGGGGUCUUCAGCCAUCGGUUAUGGAAACUGAGCAGAGCCAUGAUCUUGCCGCUGUUGAUCGGUGUCCUCUCCUUGUAUAUUGCUGCGGAUGGUUUCUACUUUGCGAUCCGGGGGUUGCAAAUCAAGUCGUACUACGACAUUCAUCACUUUUCAUGGAGUUUAUAUGUCGGCUUUGCGUUUGAGGUCCUCACUGACGGUAUGACUACCGUCUCACAAUGUCUUCUCCUGCGCCGACUCCGCACCGGGAUCAGAUGCACGGACUCGGUUAUCGCAAUUCUGAUAGUCUAUAGUAUCAAUACGGGGCUGUUCACGAGCAUAUGCGCCAUACUGUGCCUUGCCACGUAUAUCGUUUUCCCGUACGGAUUUAUCUAUUUUGCGUUUUAUUUCAUGCUCAGCAAGCUCUAUGUCAACUCACUCCUCGCCAAUCUAAACGCACGGGCAACGAUCCUUGAGCGGAUCUCGCCAGCCCCAUGCGCGGUGACCCUUGACAAAGGGACAGUGUCGGACAACGUGUCCUCGCCUGACAGCAGCCGUCUCUGGCCGAAAUCAGUCCAGGCAUGUCAUCCCGUCUAUUGCUUCGCUGCGCUAAAUUUACCUCUCGCCUACGCGACAGUUCACCAGCGUGGUAGACCCGAUCUCGCUGACGUCUACUUGUGCGCGAGAAUCGAUCCCCAUGGUAGACUGUGGCGUGGCUGGCUGAGUUUCUGGGAACUCACGCAGUUUUACGGUACAACCGCUUUCUCGGCCUUCCCAUACCUACGCUUUGCGCUGCAGUGCAGCCCGCCUGGUCGCGUGGCGACGUACUCUGCUGGCGGAGUCAUUGCAUGUUCAUCUCACAUGUUUACGUCGAUUGCCACUCGGAACGUGCCUCUGAGCCUGGGCGGCGCAAUGAAGAGAUAG